UCUGGCACAUUUCUCUGCAGGACACGGGGAUUAAAGGUCGUGUGAGCUCCAUGCGCUUCUGGACCUAGAACUUAAAUGUUAAGAGGUAUCACUUUGAAGAAAAUUGCUUAAUAUUUUAUAGGGAAGUGACUUUACCAGUAAAAACCUUCAAGAAGAGUUGAUGUGAUUCUUAAAAUCAACUUAGAUGCUCCCACUUUGGAUUGCUGCUCUCUUACUCUUCGGCACAUCAACAGGAAAAGAAGUUUGCUAUGAAAGGGUGGGGUGCUUUAAAGACGGUUUACCAUGGACUGGGACCUUGUCAAGACAGUUGGCAGGUUUGCCCCGGUCUCCAGAGGAGAUAAACACUCACUUUCUGCUCUACACUAGACAUAAUCCCAAAGUCUAUCAGGAGAUCAGUGCAAUUAAUUAUCUAACUAUCCAAACCUCACACUUUGGAACAGACAAGAUGACCCGUAUUAACAUACCUGGAUGGAAAUCAGAUGGAAAAUGGCAGCAAGACAUGUGCAAUGUGUUACUGAAAGUGGAAGACGUGAAUUGCAUUAACAUAGACUGGAUUAACGGUUCGUUGGAAUACAUCGACGCCGUCAACAAUCUGCGUGUUGUUGGGGCUGAGGUGGCGUAUUUUAUUGAUGUUCUCACGAAAAAAUUUGGAUAUUCUCCUUCUAAAGUUCACUUGAUUGGCCACAGCGUGGGAGCACAUCUGGCUGGGGAAGCUGGGUCCAGGGUCCCAGGCCUUGGAAGGAUAACAGGGUUGGACCCAGCCGGGCCAUAUUUCCACAACACUCCAAAUGAGGUUAGGCUGGACCCCUCGGAUGCCGACUUUGUCGAUGUCAUUCAUACAAAUGCAGUUCGCUUCCUCUUUGAGUUUGGUGCUGGAACUAUUAAUGCUUGUGGUCACCUUGACUUUUACCCAAAUGGAGGGAAGCACAUGCCAGGAUGUGAAGACUUAAUUACACCUUUAUUUACCUUUGACUUCAACAUUUACAAGGAAGAAGUGGCUUCCUUCUUUGAAUGCAACCAUGCCCGCAGUCAUCGCUUCUACAUGGAAAGCGUUCUCAAUCCUGAUGCAUUUAUUGCUUAUCCUUGUAGAUCCUACAACUCUUUUAAAGCGGGAGAUUGCUUCCAUUGUCCCAAAGAAGGUUGCCCAACAAUGGGUCAUUUUGCUGAUAGAUUUCACCUCAAAAAUAUGCAGCGUAAUAGAUCAUAUUAUUUUUUAAGCACUGGGUCUCUUUCCCCAUUUGCCCGUUGGAGGCACAAAUUGUCUGUCAAACUUGAUGGAAACAACGUCACUCAAGGGACCCUGUUUCUCCGUGUAGGUGGAACAACGGGGAACGUGGAGGAGUUUGUGAUGGCCAGUGGAACACUGCAGCCAGGCAUGACUUACACAAAAUUAAUUGAUGCAGACGUUAAUGUUGGAAAUGUUACAAAUAUUGAGUUCAUUUGGAAGGAACAUUUGUUUGGGCAUUCUCAGAAUAAGUUGGGAGCAGAGGUGGUGAAAGAUAUAUCUGGAAAAUAUGGAUAUGAAUCUACCUUCUGUAGCCAGGAUAUCAUGGGACCCAAUAUUGCCCAGAUCCUGAAACCAUGCUAAAUUUAGAUACAGUCUUGAUGGAUUUAUUUAAUGGAAGUGAUGAAAGAAAGAAUCUUCUGGUUGGUAUCUGAACCAAAGUAGACCAUCAUGAAUGAGGUAGAAAAGUACAGUUGUUGCUGUUUUCUACAUAGAAUGUUUUUCUCCUUGACAAGCUUUGUAAGGGCCUUGAAAACAGACUGAGUCCUAGGACAGAGUAUAGUAUGGUCAUAUGCAGGAACGCGGGUAUCCGUGCCAAAAUAAAGCUGUGUUGGAAUUUCCCUGAAUGAGAUGACGUGAUGCCAAAGUGUCAUGGUAUAAAUUCACUGGGCAAAAGUGAGACACUGUCUGGUGAGUACUUGAAGUACAUUUUGAGUAUUUUCAGGUAGAAUAAGCAUUAUUCUAGAAUGAUUUAAAGAAUAUUUAUUAUGUUGUUAAUCUUGCUAAGACAAAGUAUGGCUAUGGUUCAUGGUAUGUAGAUGAUAGAUAACCCUGUGGGUUGAUAUGUCUAUGUAUUAAUAAUGAAAACCGACGAGAAUACAUUAGUAUUUCCAAGGUGUUCCUUGUCUUCAGGUGUGUGUGAAGUAAAAGAAAUUCGGGGGCUGAUCUGUGAUAUGUCCAACACUUGGCAAUAGUCCCUGAGAAUCAUCAGCCCCUUCUCUGGAAGCCUCCUGCUCGGAGAGAAUGACUCCUCCUCUCUGGGCCUUGAAAGCCCCAUUGCAAGUUUGCAUUUGGCCUAAAUGCAGCGUUUCAUUUGUAAUGCCCCUGACUGUCCCUUUGUGUUUGUAAUAAUAAUCCUGUAAUAUUUAAGUGUGUCCAUUUUUUAAAGCUUUGCUUCAGUUUUUUGUAAUUCAAUUGUCUGUAUCCAGUGCAAAUCAAAGAUGACUGUUUUUAUCUGCUCUGUUUUCUAAUGGGCUUAGUGUUUAGCCCAUAGCACUGUAC